GAAACAGUCAACACGGCCUCUCAAAAUGGACUGACUGUCAAUUCCGCAUUCAUUCGUGUCAUCCCCCCUGUGCAAAAAAUCCAAGUCAACACCCUUUUCAGUGCAGCACUUUCUGCGCGGUGACAUUUCUCUCACGUUUGGCAACACCGGCAGCUUUCCGCCUGUUACGUCGUCCAGCCUUGGACUCGCUCCCUCAACAUGUUCUGUCUCAGGAGCUGGCUCCCCCUCCUCUUCAUCCCAACUAACGCCUCCCCGCUCUUCCUCAUCUCUUUCGUAACCCUCACCUACCUCCUCCACCGACCAUGUAUCUACUGCUCCGCCCUCCUCGUUAUUCUCUUCGCCUCAACCUGCAACUGGUCCGACCACUGCUUCCUCAAUCUCCGCGCUGACUGGUUCGCUCCGCGGUACGCACCCUACGAUGGCACAGACGGUUUGAACAUGACUACUCCACAAAACAACUCUUCCACUCUCCUCGGCAUGGAAAACGAGUCGCUAGCCGGUUAUGUCUUUGAGACGGUGAACAACACCGCGAAAGCACUUGCCGGGGCUGUGGUCGAUGAGACUCAAAAACGGCUAUCCGCGGGCGACGCCUCUUGUCCUUCGUCAGCGACGCCAGGAGCGAGCACUGCUGAUGAACUCACUGGAUUUGGACUGGAAUGGCUGCGAAGUCUAGUUGGGAGGCGGGAAUGGACGCUUCCUUGUGUUGAUGUUAAGGUUCGGGUAUGAUAUAGUAUCAAACCAGUGACCGCACAUAAAGGGCUUAUGACGAGUAUGAAAUUCCUGUCUGGCUUUCUUCUCCUUUGGCAUAGGCGUGUAUUUGUCUUAACUUUAACUGGCGAUGCGUGUUUUAUAUUGUUCAUUUUCACCGUGUGUUCAGUUGGUUUGACAGACACGUUCGCCGUAUUGGGCUUGGAUAUGCGCAACUAAUAGUACGUUGUUUUCCUAGCAUGGCGUCGCAAUUUCAUGUACAUCACAUUCCGAUAAAGCGGAUUGAAGCUCAGUUAUUUCAAUACCACGCUAAAUGGCGAAUUUGUCUCUUUAUUACGCCGCAUCCCAACACAAUACCGUAAUACUGUAAACUUGAUUGAGCAUGGA